UAAAGCUUUGACUGACAGCAGAGGAUGAGCGCUUUCUCCAGGCUACUGUGAGACCUGUGGGGCAGGGGUGGGGGGGUUUGAGCCCAUUUUACCGGGACAGGACCACACGGGGAUACUGGUUCAGGUGCACUGGUCUCAUUCUGAUUGAAGACCUGCAAAGGUUUUGUCUAAACUGUGAGCUUGACCUGUGCUGUAGGAAUAAUGACUGUUGCCAGUGCCAAGUCUGGUACAGCUAUGCAGCAGGUGUUGGAUAACCUCAAGGAGCUGCCCACCUCCACUGGAGCCAAAGACAUUGACCUCAUCUUCCUUCGAGGCAUCAUGGAAAGCCCCAUUGUUCGCUCUCUUGCCAAGGCUCAUGAGCGGCUGGAGGAUGUGAAGCUGGAGGCAGUGCGGAACAACAAUGUGGAGCUGGUCACUGAGAUCCUGUCGGACAUCAGUGUUCUGGCUGACCGUAAUGAUAGCGCAGCAGAGCUGUCCAAGAUUCUCAAAGAACCUCACUUCCAGUCUUUAAUGGAGGCUCAUGAUAAGGUUGCUGCUAAAUCUUAUGCAACACCUCCGUCUGCGGCAAACAACACUAACGCAAGCAGCGCUUCCCUCAUGCCCGCGGACACUGUGCGCAUGAUCAGCAUCCAGAAGAAAGCAGGAGAGCCGCUGGGCGUGACAUUCCGAGUGGAAAAUGGUGACCUGGUCAUCGCCCGUAUUCUCCAUGGCAGCAUGAUUGACAGGCAGGGCAUGCUGCACACGGGCGACAUCAUUCGGGAGAUGAACGGGCGAGAGGUGGGCGGAGACCCCAAAGCGCUGCAGCAAAUGCUAAAAGAUGCCAGUGGCAGCAUCACCCUCAAGAUCUUACCCAGCUACAGAGACACGCCCCCUCCAGCAAAGGUGUAUUUGAGACCUCAUUUCAACUAUAACCCUGACACAGACAAUUUAAUCCCAUGUAAAGAGGCUGGACUGGCCUUCUCUAAAGGAGAGAUCCUGCACAUAGUGAACAGGGAGGACCCCAACUGGUGGCAGGCUUGUAGUGUAGUUGGUGGCAAGACUGGACUCAUCCCAAGCCAGUAUUUGGAAGAAAAGAGGAAAGCAUUUGUACGGAGAGACCUGGACGGAUCUGGAAUUCUCUGUGGGACAAUAACUGGAAAAAGAAAGAAAAAGAAAAUGAUGUACCUGACAGCAAAGAAUGCAGAAUUUGACCGGCAUGAACUACAGAUCUAUGAGGAGGUAGCUCGGAUGCCUCCAUUCCAGAGGAAAACGCUGGUUCUGAUAGGUGCACAGGGGGUGGGACGCAGAAGUCUGAAGAACAGGCUGAUAGUGCUGAACCCUUUACGCUUUGGCACCACUGUACCCUUCACGUCUCGGCGCCCGCGUGAUGAGGAGAAGGAUGGUCAGUCAUACUGCUUUGUGUCCAGAGCUGAGAUGGAGGCGGACAUUAAGGCUGGCCGCUAUCUUGAGCAUGGAGAGUAUGACGGAAACCUGUAUGGUACCAAAAUAGACUCCAUUCAUGAGGUUGUACGCACGGGACGCACCUGCAUUCUGGAUGUCAACCCGCAGGCAUUGAAGGUGCUGAGAACAGCAGAGUUCAUGCCAUUUGUGGUCUUCAUUGCUGCUCCUGAGCUGGACACACUAAGGGCCAUGCACAAAGCUGUGGUGGAUGCAGGGAUCACCACUAAACUACUCACGGAAACAGACUUAAAGAAAACAGUGGACGAAAGUGCCAGGAUCAAACGGGCAUAUAGCCAUUACUUUGACUUCACAAUAGUGAAUGAUAAUCUGGAUAAGGCCUUUGAGAAACUGCAGGCUGCUGUGGAGCAGUUGUGCUCAGAGCCUCAAUGGGUACCUGUUAACUGGGUUUACUGAACAGUGCAGCGGACCACGGGUUGCAACAUUAUCACCGUCAUCAUCCUCAUCCUCAUCAUCGCUGGUGUCAUGGACCACGGCAGGACUGACAGUGGCCAGGGUGGCUCACCAUGGCCCUGAGGUCCAAACCUGCUAUGCAAAGCUACACCAACCAUGAAAAACUGAAGGGAAGUGUACUUAUUUAUUGACUUUUUUAAAAACUUUCUACCAGCAGAACACAUCUUAAGACUAGCUGUUUCUUAUGUUACUAUCCAAACUAUAUAUUUCCAGGGUGUUCUAAGUAGUUUUGUAUAUAUAAGGAGAAGCUGAAGCAAAAUUCAUUGUUGUGAUUUCUUGAAAAAAAUCUUGGUACUGGAGUGCUUUAGUGCUGCUCUCAUCUCAUUGAUCUCUGUUGUAUCAAAACCUCAUAUAAAAAAAAAAAAAACAACUUUUUUUUUUUGGUGUUCAUUUGAAAAUAGCAGCUGUUCUUUACUUACAUUGUGUGAACAUUUUAUGAUGAUUGGACCAACAGAAAUGGUCCAAAAUGAGUGGGAAUAAAAUUUUGUUACAUUACAUUAAAGUCAAGAACAUUUUUUUCCCUUUUUCCUUUAAAGUUAUCAGAGGUUUUGUUACCACAGUGACGAAAUGUAAACACGCUGCUCAAAGAAACAACUACAACCUAAGGAAGAAUGUAAUUUGUUCUACUUUUGGCUCUUUUUCUUUUGUGGUGAGGGAAGUAGAAAAUUUGACCCACUGUUUUGUUGUUCUAAGGUGUAACAAACCCCAUAGCUUUUACAUAAUGUUGUAUCAUUAGCAGUAAUCAGCUCAGCACUGUACAGUGUCUGUUCAUGUAGUGCAGUGUUGGGUGGGUGUCAGUAUCACACACAGUAUUCAUCUCAAUGCCACUUCAGAGGCAUGCAAAAUGUAAGCUGUUAACACUUUCAGUGCUGUCACAAUGAUCAUCUUUAGCAAAUACUGCUUUUGAGACAAGUAACAUAAGGUUUAUCACUGUAUUUUUACAAUAACUGACUUAAACCUUGUACUCUUUGCUGCGUUUGGAUGUCCAUAUGAUGCAUUCACACCAUCCCUGUCCUUCUAGCCUACGCAUUUCUUGUGGCAGUAAGCUGUGAUUCUGCCCUGGUAGUCUGAAACUGUUCACCUUCCACCCUGUAUCUGACCAAAAGACUCCACCCAAGAGGUGUAGUUAUUCACAUAAUUGCUCACAUUUAAAGAUCUCAUACUGAAUGUCUUUGAUAUCAGUUUUGACCUGAAGCCAAAAGAAAUACAUUUUUGUCUUGCACUGAUAAAGAAACAUAAUGAGAAGCUCCCAUACAUUGAAUAAUGGCUGAACAACUUGACUACGGUCCAUUGAGCUACCCAAAAAUCUCAUAUGUAAAAGUAAAUAACUGGGAGUAACAGCCAUUUUAGGAUGAUGAACCUGACGAUUCAGAUGAAACAGUGUCAGACUAUUAUGGUAGGAACAGUGUGCUGUAGUGGUUCAGCUACUGAAUAUGAUAAUUAGUAAUUUAUUACUAUUCAGAUUGUUGAAUCUUAGACUGAGGUUCUCAAACUCAAUUCCUGUUGGGCCACAGCACUGCAGUAUUUAAUGACUUCCCAACUCGAAUGCACCUGUUUAAACUCCUGUUUGUUAUCUUUUGAGGAGUUGAACAGAGUUGUGUUAGAAGGAAAAUACUAAACUCUACAGUGUAGCAGAGGUUGAGAAUCCAGUCUUGGACACAUGUCUGUGUUGGUUUUCUAUCUGUUGUGUACACUUGCAUAUAUAUUUUACAAUAACAAACCUGUAUUUUUGACAUUAACAGCUGUUCAUUAAAUUAUUAUUUUUUUUGGGUAA